CCCGUGCCUUCCCCUGCCUGCCGCUUCCCGGGCAUUGCGAAAUCCAAGCAGCCUCUCUGCCUCCCCCAGCCCCAAGAUGUGCUUGGCCGAAGGGCGUGGGGAAUCAGACGCUGAGAAGACCCCAAGCUACUGGAAUGAAGGGGCCAGGAGGAGGCUGGAGUCGGCCCUGGCAUUGCAGCCAGUGGCACGGCGGGCCAAAAACAUCAUCCUCUUCAUGGGUGACGGCAUGGGGCUGCCCACCAUGUCAGCAGCUCGGAUCUACAAGGGGCAGCUAGCCGGUGGCUCGGGUGAGGAGAGCGUCUUGGCCAUGGAGACCUUUCCCCACGUGGCCCUGGCCAAGACCUACACCAUCGACCGGCAGGUGCCCGACAGUGCUGGCACGGGCACAGCCUACCUCUGCGGGGUGAAGGCCAAUGCCAAGACGCUGGGGCUGAGCGGGGCGGCCGUCUAUGGCAAAUGCCGCACCACCUUUGGCAACGAGGUGGACUCCAUCCUGCACCGCGCCAGGCUGGCGGGCAAGUCGGUGGGCAUCGUGACAACCACGCGGGUGCAGCACGCGUCCCCAGGGGCAGCCUAUGCCCACUCGGCCAGCCGGAGCUGGUACGCCGAUGCCAACAUGCCCAAGGAGGCGUUGCGGGACGGCUGCAAGGACAUUGCCUACCAGCUGGUGCACAACACGGACAUCAACGUGAUCCUGGGCGGCGGGCGGAUGUACAUGACCCCCAAGCGGACCCCGGACCCCGAGUACCCGGAGGACCCAGCUCAGAAUGGCACCAGGAAGGACGGCCUUGACUUGAUCGCCGAAUGGCUGAAUGCCAAGCAGGGCGCCCGCUAUGUCUGGGACAAGAAGGGCCUGGACGCGGUCCAGGAUGACUCUGUGAGCCACCUGAUGGGCCUCUUCGAGCCCAAGGACUUGAAGUACGAGCUGAACCGCAACGCCUCCACGGACCCCUCCAUCGUGGAGAUGACGGAAAAGGCCAUUCGCAUCCUGCGCAGGAACCCCAACGGCUUCUUCCUCUUCGUGGAAGGUGGCAGGAUUGAUCACGGCCACCACAGCGGCCGGGCCAAGCAGGCGCUGAUGGAGGCCGUCAUGCUGGACCGGGCGGUGGCACGGGCAGGCGAGCUCACUUCCCCCUCCGACACCUUGACUGUGGUGACGGCCGAUCACUCCCAUGUCUUCACCUUUGGGGGCAACACGCUGCGUGGCACCUCCAUCUUCGGACUGGCCCCCAAGAAAGCCAAGGACAAGCGAGCCUACACCAGCAUCCUCUAUGGCAAUGGUCCUGGCUACAGCAUCCGUGAUGGGAGCCGCCCGGCCGCCAGCCUCCCCGCCGCAGAGGACAAGGACUACAGGCAGCAGGCAGCCGUGCCCCUGGAGACGGAGACCCACAGUGGGGAGGACGUGGUGGUGCUGGCCCAGGGCCCCAUGGCCCACGUCUUCCACGGGGUGCAGGAGCAGCACUAUAUUGCCCAUGCCAUGGCCUACGCCGCCUGCCUCGAGCCCUACGCCACCGAGCCCGGGUGCAGGGCAGCCCGCAGGGCCUCCCAUGGCACCCAGUGCUCCUCACAGCCCCUCCUCGCCCUCCUGGCCCUCUGCGUGGCUGGCCACGUGGUGGGGGGCUGAAAGCCCCCAGGU